GCGGCUACUGUCUCGAUCAUUGCCGAAAAGGUCAAGCGUGACUUGAGGACAGAGGAACCCAUUGUCCUCUGUGACAUUCAAGGAAACAAACUUCUAGAGGGCACUGGAUCAACAGGGCUUGGAUUUUGGCGCCAAAACUCAAGAAAAAUCCUUGCUCUCACUGAUAAAAUGUAUCAGGAACUGCAAAGGAAGAAGAGGAAAAGGAACAUUCAGACUGCGGCUGGAGAAACAGCUGAAAAAGUGGAGGAGCUUGUGCUAGCAGCUGAGGAGCUGCCAGCAAUAUCUCAGACGCUGAGAGAAUUGUCCGAAUAUGCUGCAGCCAACAAGCGGUCAACCGUGGCCUUCACUGCUGCCCAAGCCACUUCUAUACAGGACACAUUUAAAUGUGUUAUUUGUAGAGAUGUGAUGAACGUACCUGUGGUGGCCCCCUGUUGCCGCAGCCUUAUUGGGUGCAACACUUGCAUCUCAGAGUGGGUGAUGACCUCACCCAACUGCCCGAAAUGCAGGGACAACACGUUCAGGGAAGCACGCUUCUGUUUAACAGGGUUAGAGGAAAUCCUGGAAAUUCUUCAUCCCGUUAUUAGAGGGUAGAUGACUGUUUUUUUUAGUUGGUAGGGGCACUUUUUUCUUUUUCUGUAGACAACUAAGUUCUGGUUGAUGAGUUAGCUGUUUUCAAUUAAAUAAAGUUUUCAUCGUGUUCUUAAAA